AUGUUCGCGCCGGCGAACCAUUUUGACCAAGCAAUACGAGUGUCUUAUCUUACCGGCGCUGGAACUUUCUUCACCAAAUACCUUUAUCUUUUAUGUAUUUUGUCUUCUUCAUGGGCCAGUAUUAAACAUACAAAUGUUGAAUUGCAGAGCAGUUGCUCCCGCACUGCGCAGGUUUCGCGGUGCUGCUGUUUCGAUACCUGCGGGUUCUCAUCGGAGCUUGCUCACUCUUGCUAUUGAAACUUCUUGUGACGACACUUCCGUUGCAAUUGUCGAAAAACAUACUCGGGCAUCCGACAGCCCGGCGACGAUACACUUUCUCGAAAAUGUCACCGCUGACACGAGGCAGUACCGAGGCAUCCACCCCAUAGAAGCGUUACAAUCGCAUCAAGAGAGUCUUGCAAAGCUUGUCGACAAGGCAAUAAAGUCACUACCGCCUGUUCCGGAGAGUCAGGCGAGUACCAAUGGCAAAGUGAUAAAGGAUGCAGACGGAGGCAGGUUGCGAAGGAUACCGGAUUUUAUAUCUGCGACUAGAGGACCUGGCAUGAGAUCCAACCUCUCCGUUGGGUUGGAUACCGGGAAGGGACUCGCUGUAGCAUGGCAGAUACCUUUUGUUGGCGUUCAUCAUAUGCAGGCGCAUCUGUUGACUCCGAGGUUGGUGUCCGCUCUGACUGCAGGAAAAGAGCACAGAAAUCAAACAGGAAAGGCACAUCCGGAAUUCCCAUUCCUGUCUAUCUUAGUCUCCGGCGGACAUUCCCUGCUAGUGAGGUCUAGCUCCGUCACUGAUCAUGCCCUCAUGGCGUCAAGUGCCGACAUAGCAAUCGGAGAAGCUCUCGACAAGUCGGCUCGGCUGAUACUUCCGGAGUCGCUGCUCCAAACGGCAAAGAACACAAUGUACGGCAAGAUGUUGGAGCAGUUCGCAUUCCCUAAUGGCUCUGCCGACUACAGCGACUAUCGCCCUGCAAUGACUCGUGGGGAAGAGCAAGUCAAGCGGGAGAGCCCUUGGGGCUGGUCCAUCACGACUCCACUAGCAAACACACGCCAACUGCAGUUCAGUUUUUCGUCUGUACCUAGCACGGUGACGAGGCUCUUUACAAAUAGAGAGAAAGAAAACCAGCUCACGUCUGACGAUGAGCGUGUUGCUCUUGCGCGGGAGUCAAUGCGCGUAUGCUUUGAGCAUCUCGCCUCACGAACUGUUAUUGCUCUGGAAGCUUUGCGGGAUCAAGCAGGCCAGAGUGAGCAGGUCAAAACUCUUGUAGUCAGCGGUGGAGUCGCAGCAAAUCGGUACCUCAUGACAAUCCUUCGCUCAUUCCUCGACGUCCGCGGGUUCGGGCAUGUCGAGCUCGUCGCGCCUCCGCCGUACCUCUGCACCGAUAAUGCUGCUAUGAUCGGUUGGGCUGGAAUUGAGAUGUUUGAGGCUGGAUGGCGCACUGAACUUAGCUGUCGAGCUUUGCGAAAGUGGUCCCUGGAUCCGACGUCUGAAGACGGCGGCGUUCUGGGACCUCCUGGUUGGACAGCGGUCUGAUAUAUCUGCCAGGACUGCUCUACUGGCGUCUGGACAUUUUGUCUUCUGCAUCUUGGAUGUACGCUAUGUGAUCACCGCUUGUAUCAUAUUUACCGAUACCCUCGAGUUUGUGCGGUUAUCCUUUCUUGGAAACUUUCAUGGGUCAUUUAAAAGCAUCAAAACUGUAAAAUAGAAUAUACAUAGAACAAGGAGAUGAGAGGGAAAAAACUGCCAAGGUGGCAGAUAUUCACAGAACAUGGUUCAAGGAAACCGUUCAAAUAAAAGAAACCAAAAAAAAGAAAGAAAAGAAAAAAAAGAAAAAAAAAAAUCCAAUCUCCGCAAAAAGAAAGCAAGAGUAAAUGAUAGAA